AUGCAGGAGUUGCAGUGCAUUGUGCAGACGUAUGCAUGGGGCAACUUUGGGUCCGAUAGUUCUGUCGCACAGCUUAAGGCGGCAGCAGAUGAGUCCUUCAAAGUUGAUACCGCUAUUCCAUACGCAGAACUUUGGAUGGGAACCCAUCCCAAUGGUCCUUCGAAGGUACUGCGCGAGGAUGGCACUGCAAUACUUCUGAGUGAAUGGAUUCGAAUGCAAUACAAGAACGAUUCUGAAGACUUGCCCUACUUGUUCAAGGUGCUGUCUGUGCGCAAAGCACUGUCCAUUCAGGCCCACCCGGACAAAAAGCUGGCUCGUGCGCUGCAUGCCAAAUUCCCACAAGUUUACAAGGAUUCGAAUCAUAAGCCAGAGAUGACUAUCGCACUUACUCGCUUCGAGGCUUUAUGUCAAUUCCGUGAAAUAAGCGAAAUCGUGGCGUAUGUACAGUCAGUUCCCGAACUUAGGGCCCUCGUCACCUCUGAUGUAACUCAACAACUAGUAGCGCACAAAAAUGAAGCUGCUUUGCGUGCGUUUUUCCAUUGCUUCAUCCACGCAGAAUCAAAAAACAUCAAGGCACAAUUGCACACACUACGUGCUCGUCUCGAGGUCGCAUCCGAACUGAGUCCAGUUGAAAAGCUUAUUCUUCGUCUGGACUCUGAGUACCCUGGUGAUAUUGGCUGCUUUUGUCCGUUCCUGCUUAAUUACAUAACUUUAGAGCAGGGCGAAGCCAUGUUUUUAGGAGCCAACGAGCCGCAUGCUUACUUAUCAGGAGAUUGUAUCGAGUGCAUGGCGUGCUCAGACAAUGUUGUGCGUGCAGGACUUACGCCCAAAUUUAUCGACAAAGAAACGUUGCACUCUAUGCUUACAUACCACACGGGCAAGCCACGCGUAUUCAAGGGCGACAUUCAGUGCGAUGGGGCUGCACGAUUGUAUAGCUCGCCAGUACCAGAGUUUGAGGUCGAAGCAAUCGAACUCAAGCCGUAUCAACUGUAUACAUUAUCAACACGAAAGGGUGACUCAAUUGUGAUCAUUACGUCGGGCAGUGCGAUCACAUUGCAGCACUCAGGAUCUGCUGACAAUGCGAAACUGUCUAAGGGCCACGUGUAUUUUCUGCCAAAGAGCGAGGUUCUUGAAAUUCAAGGGAAAGAAAACGGGUUUUCCGCAUAUCGUGCGUUUCCGAACGAAACACUUCGUGAUUGA